AUCAGAGUCCAGCUAACACAGAUUUUGACUUUAAUUUCAGAUUUGCAGUUUAACUGAAGAGGACCACCAUCAUGACUCCAGUAAUCUCCGUCAUCAUCCUCCUCUCGUUGAUGGUCUAUCCUCCGGGUGCAACAGGAGCUCCAACAAACAAGUCGAUGGACGUCUCUCACAUCAUCGAGAAAACUAAUGCUGGCGUCUCUCAAAUCAUCCAGAAAGCUAAUGCUGCCAUAAACAAGUCGAUGGACGUCUCUGAAAUCAUCAAGAAAGCUAAUGCUGGCAUAAAAACACCCCUGAUCCACGGUGACAUUGUACCAAAUUUAAAGAGGAAUGCCGACCCCUGCGUGACCAAAGGCUGCUUGUGGCCCAAAACUGGAAGUUACGUCUACAUGCCCAUCACCAUCGGCCCCGAAUACACCACCGCAGAGAGCAACAUCAUCAUUAAUAGCCUGUUGACCUUCCAUCAAUACACCUGCAUUCGCUUUGUCUGGCGUACUACGCAACAGGAUUACCUCAGCUUCUUCUCUGGAACUGGGUGUUGGUCCUACGUGGGCCGUCAGAGAGGCGUACAGCAGGUCUCCCUGAUGAAAAACGGUUGUCUGUACACGAACAUUGUGCAGCACGAGGUUCUCCACGCUCUGGGCUUCCAUCACGAGCAUGCCCGCUCCGACAGAGACUCUUAUGUCUCCAUCAACACCGCGAACAUUCAGCCAGGAUUUGAAUCAAACUUCGUGAAGGUGGCAACUAACAACUUGGGUACUCCCUACGACUUCAACUCUGUCAUGCAGUAUGGCAAAAACUCCUUCUCCAAAAACGGCUUGCCAACCAUCAUCGCUAAGGCGAAUCCUAAGCUUGUGUUUGGAACCGCCGUACAGAUAAGUGUCAAUGACAUUGCCCGCAUCAACAAGCUUUACAGAUGCUAAAAUCUUCCAGAAGUUGUUUCAGCUUGUUAGAAUUGAUGGAAGAAAACGCUGGGGAUAAAUGCAUUUUUCCUGAAAGAGGGAUUACUUAGUCUUACUUUUCUUUCUUUUUAAUCAUUUGUGAUUUGAUUUAAAUCAUUUACUCACUUCUUUACUGAUUUUAAAAUAUAAACUUUAUUUCUUUGGUUGUUUUUCAU